CGGGAACUUCGGCCUUUUCUGGUGCAGAAUCAAGCCACACGCGCUGUGCCAGACCGCAUUGCCAACACGCAAUGAGCCCGCGGAUCAUCCGCUCUCCGCUGCGUUGACCGCCAGCCAUUCGGGAAAAAAGCAGCCGCGAGGCGUCCACACGUCGUCGUUAUCGGCCCUCUCUCCCUCCCUCCCUCUGUCUGUCUGUCCGUCGGUCUGUCGGUCGUUUACAUGAUGACCCGGAGCACCAGGAAGGGCGAUGAGCAGUACGACCACCUGGUGAAGCUGCUGCUGCUGGGCGACAGUGCCGUGGGCAAGAGCAGCCUGCUCAUGCGCUUCUGCGAGGACAAAUUCACCCCGCAGUUCGUUCUCACCAUCGGCGUCGACUUCAAGACCAAAACAGUCGCAUGUGGCGGCAAGAGACUCAAGCUACAGGUCUGUGCGUCUGUGCGUCUGUGCGUGUUGGUGUGGGUGUGGGAGGCCGGGAGGGAGGGAGAGAGUCACACGCACAUCACACGCACUUGCAGAAUGCACGCACAACCGUCUGUAUCUCCCUCCUUUGCAAUGUGUUUGUUUGUCCCUUGUAUGUGUGUGUAUGUGGGUCUGUCGGCAGGUGUGGGAUACAGCGGGUCAGGAGAGGUUUCGCACCAUCACGCCAGCCUACUACCGCAGCGCCAUGGGCGUCAUCCUCACAUACGAUAUCACCUCGAUGGAAACCUUCAACAACAUCAGGUCGGUCUGCCCGUAGCUAAGCCAGCCGCUGCAUGGAUGGAUGGAUGGAUGGAUGAAUGGAUGGAUGGAUGGAUGUGGAGCACAAGAGACCCUCCCUCCCUCCCUCCCUCUCUCCCUCCCUCCCUCCCUCCCUCGUGUCGUGCACAGGUACUGGAUGAAGAACCUGGAGGAUUAUGCGGACAAGAACGUGCAGAAGGUGCUGAUUGGCAACAAGUGCGACCUCGAGGGCGACAGGCAGGUGCCCACACAGCGGGGCCGCGACCUCGCAGCCGAGUACCACAUCCCCUUCUUCGAGACCAGCGCCAAGAGCAACAGCAACGUCGAGGCCUCAUUCAUGUGUAUCAGCGACCUCAUCCGGGCGUCGCGGUUCCCGGACGACGGCGAGAUGGCGGGGGGUGGCAGCCACGGCAUCAGGGUCACGCAGCAGCCCGACCAGCAGCAGAAGAAAAAGUGCUGUGGAUAGAUAGAGCUCAUCCAUAUGGAUGCUGCAUGUGUGGCGGCUUGUUUGUCGGUCUUUUGCCGCCCAUUGUUUUGCUACGGG